AUGUUCAUUUGCUUGAUUGACGGCAUGGAUGCGCUUACAAAGGCUGCGGUUCAAACACCAACACGAGACGUUUGGGAAUUAAUGAAUUUCACAGAACGUGAUCCCUUCCAGGCAUCCCCACGCGAAAUAUUCCAGAAUAAAACGGAGAAUUAUACUGAUUUUUGCGGCACAAAUGAACGACAAGACUCAAAGAGAGUUUCAAUUGACGAGAGCGAAGCUCGCAGUAUGCUCAGAAGGAAAGCGAGUGAGCGCGAAGCAACUUUAGAAGAUGUUUCUACUGACGACGACGUCGGCGAAUACAUUCGUGACGUAAUGAAACGCGAAUUUCGUGGCGAAUGUGAUCAAGUAACUGUGAGGCAGCUGAACCACCAUCCCGAAGCUGUCUUCAAUAAGACACUGAAGCUUGUUGGACCUGAGAAGACGGUAUACGUACAUCUACGAAACCGCGUGAAGACUUCAUGCAAACAGGAAGAUCAGGGUACGGUUGAAGAACAACCCACAGAGCUUUUUUGGCCGGAGGAUCAGUACGCAAGAAGAUUGUUGGAUAUGAAGACUUCGGAGCAAUCUGUUGAAGUCUUUGAAGAUGAAAGAAAGUCGGAGGAGUUGCCAUCAAAAUCUUCACAGGAAAGAGAAGAACUGCAUCGUCAUAAAGUCAACGACUCGGUGGCUCACACAAAAGCGUCUUCGUGGACAGGACCUCACUAUCCGGUUCCCCGAACCACCUCUGUUCUUUCAUGGCGGGAAAGCUCAAGGAAUUACAAUUACCACGAUGAAUACGCAUACAGAAUGGGAACGCAGGUUCAGAGAAUGAUAGAUGACCUUAUCUGGAGAAUUAAUCGCGGAGAUCCUCUCGAUAGGGAGGAUUUACAUGCUCUCAAAGAAAUCCAUCUUGCCAGAGUAGCACCAGAUGAGGCCGAGCUGUUCUCGCUGCUGCAGUAUCGUCGUGGACAGGAUGAACAACACAUCUCACACCUACGAGAGAUACUAGAAAAGUGGUACCUGACGUAUGAGGAUCUUCUCGAAGCGGCGCAGCCGUUCAACUCCAUUACUGCAAUCAUUGCACAUCUUAUCCUUCUAGCUGACGCCUAUUUUUUUCACGCUAGAAUUGUUGCGAGUGAAAGUGUUCAACGAAAGCUGUACCGACGUUCCAUUGGCAUCUACAACGAUCUUCUGAACCAGGCAAAACGAUCUCUUCAUUCCACUGAUGUCUCUCUCCUCUCGGUUGUUGAACGAAUCUCUCAGAUCCUACGCGAAAGUCAUAUCCAGGAGCCCGCGCUCGUUCUUGAGAUCACUACAAUUCUGGAUAAGGCUGAAACAGAUUUGAAAAGGCAGCCAGAGGGCAUGGGCGCACAUAGGCGAAUCGGUCGUGCACGGGAAAAUGUUGCAGCACUUGGCAGCUACUAUUACUUUUACUUCUGA